AUGUGUUCACCGCUAUGUGUCAGCAAUUUAGUGGCGCCGCCGACCACCACAUCAUCGCCUACUUCUCACUUACCGCACGCCAUUCAGUCCACUAAUUAUUUUCAAGCACAUGGCCUCACUCGGACAGGACCAGUGGCUCAUCAUCCACAUCACACAAGUUUACUAUCUCCACAUUCAGGUCCAUCGGGUGCACACUGUUUCUCGAGCACUGAGUCAUCAGUGGCCGCCAAUGCCGCCCGACUCGCAUAUUUGCAAAACUUUAAUUCGCCGGCAGCGGCGGCCUUCAUAUCGGCCAGUAUGCAGACCAUGCAUUCAGGCCUACACCCGACACAAGUGGUGACCAAUCAAUGUAUUACUAGUCCAUCUGUGAGUGCAUCUAUACCUUCGAUGUCAAUGUUCCACACUUUUAAUAACGACUCCAGUAUUUCUCCGCGAACUGACUCGGCUGUCGGCUCAGGUACACUAAUUAGUGAAUACGCACGCCUGGGUCCUCCCGUGGGUUCAGACAUCGAUACUAACGGUGCUCUCAAUGUGUCGAGUACUGUGUCAUCAAAGAAGAAAAAGAAAAAACGCCGUCACAGGACUAUAUUCACGAGUUAUCAGUUGGAAGAGUUGGAGAAGUCGUUCAAAGACGCCCACUAUCCCGAUGUCUACGCCCGGGAAAUGUUGUCCCUUAAAACCGAUUUACCUGAGGAUCGCAUACAGGUAUGGUUUCAAAAUCGACGGGCAAAGUGGCGAAAGACAGAGAAAUGUUGGGGAAAGAGCACAAUAAUGGCUGAAUAUGGACUGUACGGUGCAAUGGUUAGACACUCACUACCACUUCCCGAUAGUAUACUUAAGUCAUCACACGAGGGUGAAGUUCCCGGUUCGUGUGCUCCCUGGCUGUUAGGAAUGCAUAGGAAAUCAUUGGAAGCGGCGGACAAACUCAAGGAUUGCGAUUCAGACGGCGAGUCCAGAGAUCACAGCGAACACAGCAAUAGUGGAUUCAGUCCGUCAACAAUGACAUCAUCUCCAAGAACUUCAACCAAUAGUACUAAUCAUAACAACAAUAAUGAAGCCAACAGUGUAUCUAAUGUUAAAGUUAUAUCACUUUCUCCUCCGAUAACAAACGUUUCUAACUCUAUAUAUAACUCAGUUCUUAACACAAAUGAUAAAAGUAUUAUUAAAGAAGAGCUCAGGACUAGUAGUAUAGCAGCCCUGAGAGCCAAAGCACUGGAACAUUGCGCUAAAGUCACCCAAAACGCCAUCAAAACCAAUGAUAACAACAUUACUAUAUUUACAAACAACAGAUCCACAGGUAUUUCAGUUUCAAGUCCUUCAAUCACUCAAUUUCAUCACUCAUCGCCUCCAAGACAUCACAUCUUUUAG